AUUUACAGAUAUGUUGAGGUCGUCAGGUGAAGAUCGGUCUGGUGGUUCCCAGGGCACGUUGAGCAGGGUGACCAGCAAUGCAGAAAAUAUUUAGGGAAAACUAAGUUCUACUUCACUCUGAGUUGUAAAAGAAAUCAAAACUCCUCUUUCUGUGCCUUUUGUUUUAUCACUGUUUUGUAUUUAACAGCCCAGAACUGUACAGUCUACAGUCAGGCUCCAUUAACCAAGUAAGCUAGCACUAGGUAUCCUGUGUUGGUGUGUGCCCUACGGCCAUACACUUGACUUAUUAUUAUUAAAAAAAAUUGUUUUGUUAAAUAUUUACUACAGAUGCCCCAGUCAGUGUUUCCUCACAAUCGUCUGUCUUAAGUCUUAUCGGAUAUUUAGAUUUUCCUUCGCAACACAGUGCAAUUAGAAAUGCUGUUGUGUUGUACGUGUGUAUGAAAGCUGAAUAGGGAAAUAAGAAAAUCCAGUCUACUCUACAUUUCAAUUUCUUUCACUUUGUUUUUGUUGUGUUUUUCGAAUUGUAGUUUUUAACAAGAUUGAAAUCGUUUCUGUACAUGAACAAUGUAUUGAAAGUCAGAGGCAGAUUUCACAAACAUUCCUGAUACAAUAUGAGUUGGUAACUAAACAGGAUUUUAGUAUCUUUUACUCAAAUAAUCUUUUAGUCUUUAAAAUGCAUGUCAAUAUAUUUGGCCAAUCAGAUGGUGCCCUGCUACCCUAGAUAAUAAAGUGCAGAUAUUCAAGUAACAGCGCACACGCAUACACACACACACUGACUCUCUCUCACACAGACACAUGUAGACUCAGACUGGGUAAAAAAUAAGAGCCAGAAACAGGGCGCGCUCGGUUUGGCUUGAUGCGGUAGGCAAAGUGCACAGCGCAAAUUAUGGCGAUGCAAAGAGGAGCAGAAAUUUACUGACAUAGCUUUAAAAAAACUGUUGAAAUAAUAACUAAAUUCACAUGUAUGAAAAGAACCAAAAUGAACACUGUAAGUGGACUCAGUAUAGCUGUGCAUGGCUUCCUGCAUGUUUUCCCCGGACUUGGUGGCGCUGCGGCCGGGCUGUACACCUUCUCCCUCUGCCUUGGAGCUGUCCCUGGUCCCUGCGUCCCGUCGACACCGCUGGACAGGAGCGCUACAGGACGAUCACCACAGCUUAUUACAGGGGAGCCAUGGGCUUCAUCCUCAUGUAUGACAUCACCAACGAGGAAUCCUUCAACGCUGUGCAAGACUGGUCGACUCAGAUCAAGACCUACUCAUGGGACAAUGCUCAGGUGCUCCUGGUGGGGAACAAGUGUGACAUGGAUGAUGAACGGGUGGUGGCUGCAGAGAGGGGCCAGCAGCUGUCAGAGCAGCUCGGUUUCGAGUACUUUGAAGUGAGCGCCAAAGACAACGUAAACGUGAAGCAGACUUUCGAGCGGCUGGUGGACAUCAUCUGUGAGAGGAUGUCAGAGAGUCUGGACAACAACGACCCGUCUGUCACUGGAAAUAAACAGGGGCCGCAGCUCAGCGAGCAGCCUCAGAGGUCCAGUCAGGAUUGUGCUUGCUAAACACAACUAAACACACACACAAAAAAAAACGCACACUCAGAUUGCUAUCCUGAAAACCAAACACCUUAUUUUUCAGUUUCUCUUUUGCUUUCUCUUUAUUUCUGAUAAGCUCACACACAAAUCACACACACACACACAAGCACUGCCAUACAGAGUCACACAACCUGGCUGCUUCAAUUCUCCACCCCUCUCACUACAUGAAGAGCACCGGCCACAUGAGUCCGCUUUCUCUAGGGGGAAAGUGUUUUCUGAGAUGCUGUCCGAAGGUUUUUGUUCAUUAAAUGUGGUAAUUUAGUCAAAGGGGUGAAGAAAGUUCAACAAAGGUUUCAACAAUCCUGUAUACACACAUACAUACACACACACACGCAUGCGCACGCGCGCGUUCACAAGGCUGAGACUCCAUCAUUCCCUAUUGACGUGUCUGAAAUGGGGGUUUAUCUUUAAAAGGUCCUGAGGGGAAAGAUAUUGUCCUCCAGGUCCCACUCAGUUCCAAACGCCUCAAACCUGAAUGGAUUAAAAAAAAAGUCAUUGGCCGACGUUUAACUUCUAGUCCCAUUGAGAAUAUAUGUUUAUUGCCGUGAAUAGAGUUGAUGUUUCUGUUGAAAGUAUUUUGUGUUGGUUGGGUUUGCUUUUUGGAGCAUGUGAAAUCUCUCGUCCUUCCCAGUGUUGAGUUUCUACGGAGAGUUGUGGUCCAAGUCUGACAUCCAAACGGGGUCAUUUUGAAAGUUUACUUUUUUUGUUGAAACCUUUGUUAAUUUUAGGGCUGAAUGCAAAAAAUUCCUGCAUAUCAAUUUGUUAGUCAUGUUGCAUUGUUAUAGGAUCCAUUCUGGGCCCCUUCUUAGAUUUUUAAAAACUUUUUAAAACCAGUUAUGGUCCAAUGUAAAAAGCUGCAUAGCCUCUGUAGCUGCUAGAUUUUUAAUUUCUAGUUCUUUUUUUUUUUUUUUACUUUUCUUACUAUUUUUAAGAGGAUAAGGGACCUUCAUCACAAAGGGAAGAGUGUAUAAAUGUUUCAAAGUGAAUAGAUGUGCAUUGCGAAAUGCAUAUAUAAUAUAUAUACAUAUAUAUUAACAUAUUAUACAAAUCUGAAUGAUUUAGGAUAUUGGAUUCCUUCCUGUUCUUUAGUGCGAGGUGCAUGUGGUUUGUUUUGAACCAGUGAUGGUUGCCUGGAUGCUUGUCUGAGUCACUGGCUGAAUUUAAAACCCAUCUCUGACACUUUCAGCACCAAAUGGGGGCUCUGGGUUUCUCUUGUUAAGCCCACGGCCCCUUCUCAUUAUAUUAACUUUCAUCCAUCCACCACUCACUGGAGAGGAAUGAGACUCGUGUGAGUCCCACAGAGCUGCCACCUCCAUCCCCUUCCAGAGAGUCUCUUACAGACUGUAAUCAUGAAUGCUGUCUUCAUCUUUAUUUUGGAGGGAACAUGUUUUUUUGUUUAAAUCACGAUUGAUGUCAAAUUAUCAGUUUCAUUUGUCUGUCUGAUGCGAAGGUGAGGGAUUUGUCUGCUCGUGUUCAACACUCUUCAGUAAAUCAUGCGUUCACAGAUGUGCUGAGGCAUGUGGAAGCAUUUCAAGUUAUUCCAAAAUAUAACUUAUUUAUUUUGUAUUAUUUAUAACGUAAUUUAUUUUUAAGAUAGUGUACUGCCUAGAUUAUGCAUCGCUUUCUGCACUUGACUUCUUUAUGAGAUGUUCAAUAGUACUCGAUCGCUUAAACGGUUCCAGCUUUGACAUGAGAAGGAGUAUAUUUGUGUUUACAGUGAGUACAACUUGACAUGCUUCCUCAAGAGGAAAAUUCAACAUUCCAGUGUAAAAGCCUCUUUAUCAUGUCCACGAGGCUUCGGAGGCAAGUCUGUUUGUCUUUUGAUAUCAGUUAUGUAACUUUUAAGGCUUGCCGGUAUAGGAGCCGACUGUUUCUCGCAGAUGAUUAGCAGUCGUGACUCUCCACGCCCAAAUGUGAGCGGUGUACAACCCUGCAGAAGGUUUACUGUCCUGCCCUGUACCUGGGUGUGUGUAUGUACAGUUUGUAUAAAGGCGGUGGUAAUAUUUGUUCUCUCCAAAGAGCUCUUGACAAACACAGUGGGAGCCAAAAAGAGUGCGUGUGGUUACACAUUGUUUGACUUGUACUGACAAACUUGUGCUUUUCCUACUCGGCAGUAGCUUCAAAGAGAGGACGAUGUUUUAGGAAGUUAACAGAAAACGCUCAACCUUUUAUUCAAAAAGUGACGGUUCUCACUGCAUUGGUUCACUUUUGACUUGUCUGUUGAUUAUUUUUGUUUUGUUCCUUUGAAUGUUAUGUUUUGCUACAGCUGUAAACUUGGCGGUGACUUACGCAUCGAUCCCGUCCUCCUCUUCCUCUUCCUCCUCUUCCUCCUCCUCCACCUCUCCCUGUCAUCAGUAACCUCUGUAAAUAGAACUUUUUUCUGACCGUCGGGUAUUAGUUGUGUGAAUUGUGCUGUAAUUCUGUAAUGCCAGAUUUGCUGUAAAUGAGGAAUCAAUAAACAAAAUUUUAAAUGCUGG